GCAUGUGGCCGAGGAGCACGUCUCGGGCGGGCUGGCCGAGCCGAGGAGGUGGUCUCGGGGAGCAUGUGGCCGAGGAGCACGUCUCAGGCGGGCUAGCCGCGCCGAGGAGGUGGUCUCGGGGAGCAUGCGGCCGAGGAGCAUGUCUCGGGCGGGCUGGCCGCGCUGAGGAGGUGGUCUCGGGGAGCAUGCGGCCGAGGAGCACGUCUCGGGCGGGCUGGCCGCACCGAGGAGGUGGUCUCGGGAAAUGUGAGGCAAGAUCGUCGUUCUUUUUAGGCGUCGAGAAGUCGUAGUGGCCGUUCUCUACGUCGCUUCUUGCAGCGGCUUCGGGUCCGCAUUUAUGACGGGGUGUCCGUUGGUCUCCCCUGAUGCGAGCGGGUGUGCGGAUGAGCUGUCGGCCGCUAGGGGGAGACGAAGGGACGUCUCUUUCGGCGGGUUUUUCCUUACAUAAAUGGCGUGUCCUGCCCGUUUCGUGACUUCUGUUGCUGAGUCUUGGGCCUCGUCGUUUCUUUCUGCCAUCGCUCCUUCUCCUCUCCCACGCUACCAUCCCACCGUCGCUCCCUCUUGUUCAUUCCAAGAGCCGGUAAGGAAUGUCCUUCUCACCUGUCCCUUCGCCUUCGUCCCUCGACAGAGUCCGGGAGAGCAUGCCUCCGUCUUCCCCGGACGAGGAGGCGGCGCGAGCCCUUGAGGCGCUAAUGUGGCCGCACGACCUCGACUCGGUGGUGAGCGGGUCGUCGCUGGAAAAGCUCCGGGAGCGUUUUUACAUCCCGGAGGAGUUUGUCCUGGUUGCCCCUGAUCCGGGGCAGCGGUCAUACGACCCGGUCCCCCGAGGUUUUGCGCUGACCCAAGAUGCCCUAGAGGCUGGGUUGCGCCUUCCCCUUCACCCCCUUAUUGUUUCCUGCCUAUCUCUCUGGCGGAUUUCGCCUUCCCAGGUGACGCCUAACUCAUGGCGGUACCUGGUAGCGUUCUUGGGGGAGUGUUACUAUGCUAACAUCACCCCUACCCGAAACCUCUUUCUUUCAUGUUUCCGCCUUCUCAAGGGGCCGGGGGGCUAUUUCGUGUCGGCCCGGACUGGCUUUCGCGUCAGGGGAGCCCCUUUGAGUAAUAAAGGGUGGAAGGGGCGGUUUUUUUACGUCAGCUGGCCGAGGGAUUGGGGCUUCGGGGUUCGGUGGGCGGUGAGGGUGAUAGAUAACACCGUCCCGGAUUUGAACGACGAGGAGUGUCGGGAUUUGAAGAGGCUUCGGGCAAUCCUUCCCGGCUCUCAGGCCAUCCGAGCUAUGACCGAGGAGUGGCUAGCCGAGGCGGGUCUUAGCCCGGCUUUCGGGGGAAUGAAGCUCCUGUCCCUCCGUGGUGGUCGCUCUUCGUCGGCUUCUUCCCCGCGCCAGUCCGCUGCUUCCCCUCCGCGUUCCCCAGCCGACCCGGUGCCCGGUUCGGCGGGUGCCCCAUUGGAGAUCCCUGCGGGACGUCCGUCCAAGAAGGCGAGGACGACGGGGCCGGGGAAAAACAAGGCGGGGACCGCUCCUCCGACAGUCGUGGGUGCCAAGCGGUCCACUCGGGAGGAGGGGCCUUCCCGAUUUGAAGGGCCUAGCCAGGGGGCGGCCGGGAAGAGGGCGAACCUGCCCACGGUGGAUGAUCUGUGCGGGCUACGCGCGAGGGCCGAUGAGCCCCUAUGGGCAGCGGUGAUGGGCGAGCUUCCGACAGGGGAGGCCUCCGACCCGCUGGUCGCCCGAUGGAAGGGGCUGUCCCGAGGGGACCGGGUAUGGGCCGGAGGAGAUCCUUCGGCCGCCUUCCUCCGAGGCGUGCUCCACCCCGACCUGGCUCGGGACCUGUACACUCUGCCCUCGGAGACCAUGCUCAGCAAGGCGGGGAGGUUCCUGACAUUGGGCCUCCAUUAUUCGACGGCGCUGAUGGAUCGAGUGCGUGACGCUGGCCAGAUAAUCUGGGACUUCAGCGAGCGCAACUCCGAGUUGUGUCGUCAGCUGGAGGAGAUCCGGGCUGGGUCGGGCCCCGAGGCGGUGGCGGCUGCGGAAAAGCGCGCGACCUGUUCCGAGGAAGAAGUGGCGCGUUUACGAGCGGAGCUCGAGCGGUCGGGCGAUUCGGUCAAGGAGCUCCAGGAGUUCCUUCGUUUGGAUCGGGCCGAGCUCCGCCAGUCGAAGUCAGAGGCGCUUGGUCUCUCCAAGAGGGCGGAGAAGGCCGAGGCUGAAGCCCGCGCUGCUUCCGAGGCGUUGGCUGAGGAGCUUCGCCUCCGCCCAUCGAAGGACAAGGAGGCGAUCGACGUUUACAAGAAGUCCGAGAACUUUGAGCUCGGACUGACCCGAAUGGGGCGAGUAUCCUAUGAGUACGGAUACAGGAUCGCCCUGGGUCGCUUCGGUUCGUGUCCUCCCGGCUCCGAGGUGGAAAGGGAUCCGUUCGCCUCUCACCCUGUGGACCUGGAGGUGGAUAUGCCGGAGGACGUGCCGUUUGACGACCGCCCGAAGACUCCGGGUGAGGAGUGAGGGUCGUUUUCUGUAUGUCGGGUCGAGGGUGUGAGGGUUUUGUAUAUGGGUUUCGACUUCUGUAUCCCCUCCUUUUUUUUUUUUUUUUUAAUAAGAUGAUCUUCUCCUUCGACUUUCUGUGUUUGCGUAUUGUCUAUUUCUUCAGACGAAAUAUUUCCUAAGGUUCUGUAUGUUCCAAGUCCGGGGCACGGGGUCGCCAUCCAUUGUUGCGAGCCUGAAUGUCCCCGGUCGGGAUACUCCGAUGACUCGAUAGGGUCCCUCCCACUUCGGGGCCAGUUUCCCCCUU